UCAUGCACGCUGUAGUGAGGAACUGCGUUCUCUCUCGGCUAGACCUUCCACUCACACAGUGGAGGAAUGUGCAUCGCCUAUACAUCCCACAAGAGGAGACAGAGAUUCGGAAGGCAUCGCUCGAAAGUUACUAAGUGUUAUAUUUUCCAUGUGUUACAUUGGAACGUGCAGCUACUUCAUCCAAUCUACUAUCGCCAUAGCUCUUCGGAAAAAGCAUUUUGAUUCCAAUAUAUGAUUUUAAGUAAAUGAAAAAGACAAACAGGAAUAUCUAAUUGAUAACUUAAGUAUUACGUGGCAGCUCAUUUCACAACUUUCGCCCGAAGGAAAUGCUUUAGAGAUAAUAGAAAUGUUUUAACGGAUCACUUGUGAUAUUGAUAGCAUCAGAUUCCAACUUUCGCUGACAAAAAAUGAAAAAAAGAACGAUUAAGUUUAUUUACUAGAUAAUUCGGGUAAUACAUGGCAUCGCGCAGUGCAUCGCUCCCGGCGCGUCAGGGAGGAUCUGCGACGCACUUGUGUCGUCUGCAGCUUCGGUCGUCGACCCUCUGGCACCUUUGUACUCAAAUCAGCUCCUGUGGUCGGGUUUUCUCCAUUAUGGAUUAGAAAAUUUAUCUGAACUGUAUUUUAGAGAGUGCUUAUUAUAAUAUAAGUGAUGGUGAUCCUAUUGAUAUAAUUUUAUUGAGGAUUUUGUUUUUAAUCUGUGAGUGCCUGAAAGAAACGAUCGCUACUCCGUGAACAGCUGAUUAUGGCAGUCUUCUUCCUGAACCACUGCAAGUUUAAUGGCUGUGGAUUAUCAUUUCCCAACCUGCUAGAGUUAAUCCAACACAUCGAGGAAAUACAUAUAGAGACUCUUACAGAUCCAGCAGCAGAGGCAGUUCAGGAAACUCAACAGCCUUCAUGCCUUCCUCUCUCCUCUGUCCUGCGUUUCUUCAGUCCAGGGGUUCCCAGAGCAACCCCGAGGAAGCACCCUCUUAGUAAUAAAUCCUCCGGUGGCCCCCAGGCAAAGGUGGCCAAGCUCAGCCAUACUAAAACAGCAAGCAAACACACAAAUGGGAAGUCGCCGCCAUCAGGCUUGGGCACCAAUGCCACAAACAGUAUGCAUCUGUCUUCACUCCUCUUAUCAACCAGCAAGAGCACGGGAGGGAUUGCCUCGGGCGGCUCAAGCGGAGGAGGCUCAAGCGUGGGAGGUUCCAGUGUGGGCACUCCAUCCUCCACGCGAGAGAGCACCCCCGUCAGCGCGCUCAGUAACAGCCCUCCAGUAAGUGAUUGUGAGGAGACGCUGCUGAGUGAGAACGAGGAUAGCAAUGACUCAUGGACUACACAAGAUGAGAUACCUGCAGAAGUAAUCAUCAAACUUGCCAGCAAAGGUCAUUCCAAUAGCAAUGGGGAGGAUAAGCCUUACAUCUGUCCAGUAGUCGGUUGCAGGAAAAGAUACAAGAAUGUGAAUGGCAUAAAAUACCAUGCUAAAAAUGCCCAUAAAAAAGAUAGCAAAGUUAGAAAACCAUAUAGAUGUUACUGUGGGAAGAGUUAUUGUACAAAUCAGGGACUUAAAACCCACUGCUCUCAUUCUCAUAAGAAUGAGAGUAUGACAGCGGUGACAACAAAUACAGGGGAGGUGUUGCAGGUACCAGCCAACCAAAUCUCAUCGGGAGGAAGUCCUACUGCUCAACUUUUAAAUAAUAACAAUAGAACUUUGUCAAGCACUAUGGCAUCUCAACUAAGUAAGUCAUCUAGUACAGAAAGCAGUAUUCAGGUGAGUGGAACAAUGCCUGUGACCAAUAUUAACAACCAAAUUGCUGUCACCGGACAGAUCAUUAAAGGAGGAUCUUCAACAUCCACGAAAGGUACAACUACAAUUUCAAGUAUAAACUUAUCUGGUCUUGUGGCGGGGGGCAGUGGAAAAAUUGCUCUGAAGGCUCUUCCCAGUGGUCAGUUACUUCUUUCGCAACCUCUAGAAGGUAAAUUAACUGCUUUAGUAAAAUCAGAUCAAAGGCAAGACUUAUCUGUAGAUGAUGGUAAGAUGAAUCUUGUACAACUAAAAUCUGAUAACUUUCAGCAGUUGGAACUUAGCAAAUUACUUCAGUUAAAUUCCAAGUCAUCACAGCACCAACUGGCUGUCACUACGUCCACACUAUCGGUCGCCAUCCCUACGAGUUCACUGAAUUCCCUCAAGGGGGCUCAGAAGUCUUCAUCAGUGUUAGCACGGGCACUCAAGAGCCAGCUUUCAACAAGUCAGACAGGCAUCACAACAGUGCUAGGGUCCACUGAUAGUCAGGCAGAUGACAGUGUUUUGGGUGGACAGGGUGUAAUUUUAGGAGUAACUAUGGAAGAGGGCACUCUUAUUGAUAAUGGGGAUGGGACACUUUCAGAACUAGCUGUGAUUGAGUAGAUAAUUAACAAGUUGUAUGUAUAAGAAUAGUUACCUUAGAUUAUUCAAAUCUGAAAAAAAAAAAUGUUAUGGAACCAGUAACAACACUGUACUUGCAUAGUGUCACUUUUUCAGAUUCAUUGAGUAAUAUUCUUUUAUUUUCAAUUUUCUUGUUAAGGUAAUAAAAGUUAUAGUUUGAAAGUAGGAAGUAGUUGUUACAUUGAUUUUGUUUGUAUAACUUGCAUUCCUUAAUUCUUAUGGAACUUAUGAAAUUUUAAAUGGAAUUGAAUCCCCAGCAUUAGAAUAUUGAAGUUCAGAUUUGAAUAAUAUUAAGGGAAAUCCCAAUCGGUAUAUUUUUUACUCUGUAUUAAUAGAGUGUUUGGGAAAGAAACCCAACACUGAUGUAGGUUUCAUGUUAUUUACAAGUGGAUGCUAUUUGUAUAGUGAUGGCUAACUUUGUCAGAAAAAGAGGAAAUUAUUAUCCUUGAAGAGAAAAAAAAGUAGAUUUCAUGUAUGCUUGUUUAAUUGGUUAAGUUUGUAUUAGUUCUUCUUUCUAGUCCCACAUAGCUAUCAAAUUACAGACCUGUACUGCAAUAUGUUCUAAAUAACUUAUUAGCUUCCACAUUGUAAAGAGAAAAAAAGAAGAGUAAUAAUAAAUCAUAUGAUACAUGUACACAGAGUAUAUACAUUUAAGGUCACACUUUAUGAGUAUUCUCCAUUUGGAGCCUCUAAAAAAAGUACCUGGAAAUUCACCUAAUAUCUCCAUCCACAUUUUGCAUGUAAAUAGAAAUGAUAUUCAUCAGCUGAAUGUUUUAUAUCAUAGUCCUAUCUCAUCUCUGUAAAUAUUAUUAUGUUAUGUCCUGAUAAACUAUUCAUACCAUGUUAAGUGUCUUAGUCCUAGCAGGCAUUAUAAAAAGUUGGAUUAUAUUGUAGGUCUAGGGGCAGAGGCAAUGGUUUCGUAAUAUUCUGAGGAUACCUGAAUUAUUGUCUAAUUACUGGGUAGUGUGUGUGAAAGGGGCAAAGAGGAGCAGCAAGGAGAGGGGGAAGUGGGUGAAUGGUUGUGUGAAUGGGGGAAUGAACAAGGGUUUACGUGAAAGAGUUUGAUCAGUCAGGUUUUCUUUAAGCAGAAUAGCAUGAUUACCAACUCUUAGGAGUGGCACAAGUUAGCUUAUACCAAAGGGCAUUGUUAUUAAGGACACUGAAUUAAAAAAUCAUAAAAAAAUAUGUACUGAUUAUCAAGGCAUGAGGCUUUCAUUCCACCCUGACUAGAUUUGUGCAGGAUAAGCCUAUUUCAGCUGAAGGGCAUAAGCAGCAUUGAUUAACAAUUGACUUUUUGCUCAUUCUCUAUGGAGAGAUGAAAAUUGAAAUGAGCAACUUGAAUAGAAACUGAAGUGAGUUGCAUAUGUUGUAUAGAAAUUGAAGUAUAUAUUACUACUGUUUCAAUUGUUUGACACUGCUUAUCCAGGUAAAUUUUGAAAGUGGGGACCUAACAUUGUUAGUGUGUACCCAUAUUGCUCAUAUUUAUACAAUAGAUACAUAUGAUACUCCUUAUGCUUUGUGCAUUUUUUGCUGUGUCCAAAUACAAGGAUUCCUGUUAUCUUAUUUCUCUCUCUGCAUCAACAAGGUGGGAAUUGAUGGGAUAUUUGUAUUUUAAUAUGACUUAAAACACUGUGAAAAAGUUAAGAAGAAUAAGGUGUGUUUAUGUUUGUACAGUUACCAAACUUCCUAGAUAGACACACAUGCAUGUAUGUUCAUCUUCAUAUAUUUAUACACAUAUUUAUGUGUGUAUGUACAUUACCAUGUUAAGUUUUGCUUUUUUGUUGAUACUUUUGGUUGAUUAUUAUUACAGUAGGAACAGAAACCUUCCUAAGGACAUUUUUCCCCAAAUGUUAGCAAUGCUAAAAAAAGAAAGAUACAUGCAGCAUGUGGUUAAAGUUUCAUCUUUAUUUUCUCAGGUUUCUUUGUAAUUGGAACUUAUAUUUGUUUACCUUUCUUCUGUGCUAAAAAAUACUAUCUAGGGAGAAAAUGGUGACUAAAUACAACUAAUUGCAAAAAUUUGAUAGAUUUUGGAAUAUAUUUUAUUGCAUUGCAGAGAGCAAAUAAUGCAAAUCUUUUUAGCUUUUUCCAGUCAAAAUUUAAACAUGGUGAUUGUCAUGUGGCAAGUAUUAGGCAUGUUUAUUAGAAAUCAAUGAAGAAGAAUCAUGUCAUAUUGGUAACUUCAGUUUUGUUACCUUGAAUCUUGCUAUGUUUUUGUUUUUCUCUCUCUGUUCCCAGUAAGAUUUUUGUCUUACCCAAUGGAAGCCUUUGUAUGGUUAACCUUGAUAGGAAGCAUAUUAUCCAUAAGUGUCCUUCAAACAGCUGUUGUUGUAUUUCACAUGUAUGAUUCACAAUCAGGUUUGAGCAAAACAAAAAUUUUAAAGAUUAGCCUGAAUGAUUGUAGAUGCAUCUGAUUCAGGAAGUUUUAAAUGAUAUUCAGGUGUUUUGCAUGAAACUAAGGUGAGAAAAGUAAUUACUGUGUAAUAACAUCUUUGUUUAUAUGUUUUUCUAGUAAACUAAAUGGCUAAAAUAAAAAAUCAAGAUGUAAUUGGUUGUAUUUAAGGUAUUGUGGAAAAUAUAUUGUAAAAAAAAGUGUAAU